UGCUUAGUUCUGUAGUCUGAGGUGUCUUCAGGUCAGGUCUCUGCUGCCAGGAGUAAAUUCAUUCGUGGAGGUGGCAGCUUGGUUCAAGGGUCCCUGCUGUUUGCAGCAGCCCUGGAUAAAUGGGCCUUACAGGGAUGAAACUGCCUGCACCGAGAACUGGAGCCCAAAACUUGGGUGUGAGUAGCAGGUCUAAAGGCCUGGAUCUUUAUAAUAUGGUAGAGGAAGGAUAUAAUCCUGGGAGAUCUGAAUUUGGGGAUUUAGUAUGGCCUGUCAGGAGCCAUGAAUAUCUGCUCCUCACUGGUGAAAACCAGUGGCAGUGUUAAAACCAAGAGAGGGAAGUGGUCCUCGGCUCUAUGUUACAUUUAAGCUUAAAAAAAUCGUCUUGAGGAAGAGACAUGCAAGCUGGGAUAGAGCCACAUGUUGCUGAUUAAGUAUGAGGAAGAACAAGCCACAGGUGGAGGAUUCUUACCAGUUUAUAGGCUGGGGAUGUGGGCUGGAACAAGGGAUGGCCCUGACAGUCAGAGACACCUUGUCAAGGUGCAAAGGACAGGAUGAACACCAGGCUCCAAAUGUUUUUCUUGAAAACAGGGAGCUCCUGUAGUUAUUGGAAGUAUUAAGGCACCCUCAGUAUGAUACAUUGUCUAUUCCCAUGCCAUUGUGGCUUUGGCCCUGAGCUGCUAGUUGAUGUUGAUUUUUCUCCACAAAAGGCCUGCAGAGUGCCUCCUGUGAAACUUGCUGCCCCAAAAAUGCCUUCAAAGCUGAGGCAAAAAAGAGCGAGGUGGGGUGUUACAGUGAUAACAGCAGCUCUGUUGCUCAGCAGCAUUUCCCUGCUCGUUGCAGACCCGAAUUACCUGAUGGCUAACGAGCGCAUGAACCUGAUGAACAUGGCCAAGCUGAGCAUCAAGGGGCUGAUCGAGUCUGCGCUCAACCUGGGCCGCACGCUGGACUCCGACUACGCCCCCCUGCAGCAGUUCUUCGUGGUGAUGGAGCACUGCCUCAAGCACGGCCUCAAAGGCAAAAAGACUUUUCUUGGGCAAAACAAGUCGUUUUGGGGACCUCUAGAAUUAGUAGAAAAACUUGUUCCUGAGGCUGCAGAGAUUACAGCAAGUGUUAAGGAUCUCCCAGGGCUGAAGACACCUGUGGGCAGAGGAAGAGCUUGGCUUCGCCUGGCUCUGAUGCAGAAGAAACUUUCAGAGUACAUGAAAGCCUUGAUUAACAGAAAGGAUCUUCUCAGUGAAUUUUAUGAGCCCAAUGCACUGAUGAUGGAAGAGGAAGGUGCCAUCAUUGCUGGCCUCCUCGUAGGCCUGAACGUCAUCGAUGCCAACUUCUGCAUGAAGGGAGAGGACCUGGACUCUCAGGUCGGAGUUAUUGAUUUCUCCAUGUAUUUGAAAGAUGGGAACAGCACGAAAGGCAGUGAAGGAGAUGGUCAGAUAACUGCUAUUUUGGACCAGAAGAAUUAUGUGGAAGAACUCAAUAGACAUCUAAGUGCUACAGUAAACAACCUGCAGGCCAAGGUGGAUGCCUUGGAGAAAUCCAACACAAAGCUGACUGAGGAGCUUGCAGUUGCCAACAACAGGAUCAUUACACUGCAGGAGGAGAUGGAGCGGGUCAAGGAAGAGAGCUCCUACAUCCUGGAGUCCAGUCGUAAGGCCACCAAGGACAGAACUGCUGACGGGCAGGCACUGACUGAGGCACGGAAGCAGCUCAAGGAGGAGACUCAGCUGCGCCUGGAUGUGGAGAAGGAGCUGGAGGCGCAGAUCGGGAUGCGGCAGGAGAUGGAGCUGGCCAUGAAGAUGCUGGAGAAGGAUGUCUGUGAAAAGCAGGAUGCACUGGUGGCACUCAGACAGCAGCUGGACGAUCUCAGGGCUCUAAAGCAUGAACUGUCUUUCAAGCUGCAGAGUUCAGACAUGGGAGCGAAACAGAAGAGUGAAUUAAACAGCCGCUUGGAAGAAAAAACAAAUCAGAUGGCUGCCACCAUCAAACAGCUGGAACAAAGAUUGCGACAGGCAGAGAAGGAGCGGCAGCUGGCCCAGCAGGACAACCGGCUCUUCAAGCAGGAGUUUGGGGACAAAAUCAACAGCCUCCAGCUGCAAGUGGAAGAGCUCUCCAGGCAGCGGAGCCACCUAGAACUGGAGCUAAGGCGGGAAAGAGACAGAUGGUCUCACAGUCACCAGCGCAGCCAAGAGAGCAAAAAAGGCCCAAAGAAUUGGCUCAGACAGGAUGGGAAGCUCAAAACGCAGGAAGAAAAUGCUAAAGUGAAGGAGCCACUGAGAGACAACAGUGUCGUGUCACACAGGUCAUCCAGCAACACGCAGGAAGAGCAGGAGCAGCUGUCAGGGCCUGGGCACGCCGAGGUCUGCCAGCUCUGCCAGGAGGAGGCCAGCCGGAGCCAAAGAAAGAACAUCUGCAAGAACUGUGGGGGCACCUUCUGUGAAGCCUGCUCGGUGCACGAGCUGCCCCUCCCGUCCAGCAUCAACCCCGAGCGUGUCUGCAACCCCUGCCACCAGCGGCUCAUCCAGCAGUAUUCCAGCAGCCCCUUGUAGGGAAGGGGUGCCCCAGAGGUGACCAAGAGCAAUUGUAGCUGAAGGUGUUUCUGGAGCUGUUCAGGGGGAAUGUGAAGAACUUGCCCGUGUGCUUUGGAGGUCGGAUGGGAAGCAGCUUCUCGGUGUUUAGAAUCUCCUGUUACUAAAACAACAGUCUGAGCCCUUCUCUGUACCCAAAUCAGGCUGUGCUGUGGACAAUUGCAUUGGGAAUGUCACAUGGAGCAGCCCCAAGGUGUGCCUGAGCAGUCUCAGGACUCUGGGAGUCCCUGCCCAAACCAGAGCUGUUGUCUGCAUGGAAGUUGGAAGUGUUCUCACCCUCACAUGUGUGGUGUGGGUGUGUGCUGCUGCUGCUGCUGAGCAAAGGCUCCCCACAACCCCACAGGAGCGCUGGUAUUCCUGAUGUCUGGCUGCACUUGAAAUCCCAUUUGCCCUUUUCCCUUUGCCCUGGAUAGGCUGGCUCAUCCUGGGAACCCCGGGCCAUGGUGUGAGCAGGGCAGCUGGGCCACCAGUGAGCACAUCCUCCCUGCAUUUCCUUGGCUCAGGGCUCUCACCAGGGGCUUAGUCUGCGUAGGGACACCCCAAACCAAGCUGUGAAUGUUCUGCUCCCCCUGUGUGCUUCAGGGGCUGGGCUCAAUCCCCAUCACACAGGGGUUUAGGGCCACUGGGGUCCACCUCUCCACCUUAGACACAUGGAAACAGUUACAGUAAACAAUAAACCUGGCAUUUCACUCCUUGUUAGAUCAAAACUAAAUGGGAACACUUUUCACCUGUUAGAAAUUUUAAUUGCACACACAAUUCAGAGAGGUUUCAUGGUUCCUGCCACAUCAUUCAUUGUUACUGUUCCCUCAAGGAAUUUUGUUAGUCCAGAAAGGGAUGGUGGCUUUCUCAUGUCACAGGACUGUUUACUCCUUUUCCUACGGGCAGUCUCUGAGACCCCAGAAUGUCCUGUAGUUCACGGAAAAGGGAUGCACUGGUGUGACAAAUGCACUGGGGUUUGUACUGAUGUUCUUAGGGAGUUGUGGUUAAUUCCUUGGAGGGGAUUUUCUAGUUAUUGGAUUGGCUGGAACCACAUGAAAAAGCCUCUUGGAGGUGAGGUACUGACAUGGUUGGUACUUCUUUGUACCAGGAAUCAUCUCUCCUAGAUCCAUUUGGGACUUGGCAUGUUCAGCCACCCAACUUGGACACUUCUCUGCUCUUUUGAGCCCCAGGGCAGCUUCCUGGCCCAUUUCCUUGCUGGUAUCCCCAAAAGUAUGGCAGGAGUUGUCAACAGUGUUGAAAUACCAAAAGCCUGGAAUUCAGGUGAAUUCCUGAGCUCUCUGAAGGGGUGAGACACUGGAGGUGGAUGGAGAAAACACUGAAUGUAGUGUCAGUAGUUUUGGGUACGUAAUGUACACAUCCAACAGUGUGAACUCCUGAGGAGAAAGUAAGACCCAGGUAAUGCAAGGGAGCAUUAAACUGGAAAUGGAGGAAUAAACUCCAUGGAGCAGGGAGGUGGCUGAGCCUCUCCAGAGCACAGCACUGGUGGCUGCCAUGGGACUGGCCUGUGGGAAGGUGGGAGUGGGACCGUGCUGGCUGCCAGCUCCCUUUGUGCUCAGGUACUCUGUGUGAUGCCAGGGUGGGCUCACACCUGGACCUUGGGAAUGGGGGGGCAGGUUUUCUGAUGGUAAUUUCGUUUCACACAAUAAAAAACAACUUGAUCAU